AUGGAUGACGAUGACUUUGGUGCCGAUGCCGACUUUCUGGCAGCCCUGGCGGCAGCCGACGUGGCCAAGCCGUCCCAGCCGGCCGUGUUGAGUGCCGGGCCAGCAAAGCCAGCCGCAGCUGGUCAGCAAUUGGCAGUGGCACAGCGGCCGACACCUGCAACACGCGUGCCGAUACAGCAGCCGACGCCACAGCGGAUAGAGCGGCCGGGGGCCGGCAUCGUGCAGCCGACGCCGCAGGUGCUCCCGGGGCCUCCGGGCACGACGGCCGGAAGCGGACGGCCGACAGUGGUGCCGUCGUCGGGGUCGACGAUCCUGGUGUCGCCGCGGCAGAAGAACAACCCGGUGCUGUCGCAGCUGCGGACGGUGGCGUGGGAGUACAGCGACAUUGUGGCAGACUACGGGCUGGGCACGACGACGUGCGCGCUCUUCCUCAGCCUCAAGUACCACCGGCUGCACCCCGAAUACAUCUACGCACGCAUCCAAGGACUGCAGGGACGAUACCAGCUGCGGGUGCUGCUGACGCUCGUCGACAUUGACGGCCACGAGGAGCCGCUGCGCGAGCUGGCCAAGACAUCGCUCGUCAACCAGAUGACGCUGCUGCUCUGCUGGUCGGUCGCCGAGGCUGCCCGCUACCUUGAGCUGUACAAGACAUUUGAGCACGCGACCGGCUUCGCCGCCAUUCGCGGCCAGCAGGCUGCCGGCUAUGCCGAGCGCCUCGUCCAGUUCGCCACCGUGCCGCGUGCCAUCAACAAGGCCGACGCCGUCGCUCUGGUCAGCGCCUUUGGCAGCGUCCGUCGUGCCGUCUUGGCCGAGCCCGAACAGCUCGCCCUCGUCACCGGUUGGGGUGAGAAAAAGGUUCAGGGCUGGCGCCGCGCUGUCGAGGCCCCGUUCCGCGUCCAGAAGACAAAGGCCCGGAGCACACGCCCCCGGCCCAAGCCCGGUCGCAACAACACCAACAACAACCUCUCUGCUGUCGUCGAGGCGGAAACACCAGAAACCCCCGACAAGGUUGACGAGCCUCCGGCAGCUCCGGCCGAAUCUUCGCUGAGCGACGGUGUGGCUGCGGCCUUGGCCCGGCUGCGGGACGUCCAGACGGGCUGA